AUGGAAGUAGGCGAUCAUCCUGCAAAGUUUAAAUUUUGGAUGACAAAUCCAGUUUUACUUUUGCACAACUCCAGUGUUUUUUGGUUUCAAAUGAGUGUGCUAGUCAGAAAACGUAUGUUCAUUUAAACUAAGAUAAGGAGACCACAGCCUUGUGAAAUCACUUCUGUAUUUUAUGAAGGCUUUUUCCAUUAUCAAAAACAAGGAAUUUGCUUGUUUUUUAUUGGUGUGUAAAGUUUGCAUGCUAUUGCUCUAUUAGCUCCCCCUCUGUUAUUGAUUCGAUAGUGACCUUCUCCAGGAUAUAAAGCAGAGAAGCGAGGCUUCUGCAGCACUGUGAGGUCUAUUCUUUCUGUGGAUUUAGAGAAUGCAGAAACUAAGACAUCUUCUCAGACUGAAGAACAAACUUCUGAAGGAAUGCUUGGCAGAGUUUCUGGGAACAUUUGUUCUGUUACUGUUUGGAUGUUCUGCUGCUGCUCAAGUGAAAACAAGUCAUGAGACUAAAGGCCAGUAUUUAUCUGUCAAUAUGGCCUUUGCUAUGGGAGUCAUUUUUGCCGUGUACAUCUCACGAGGAGUUUCAGGAGCACACCUAAACCCAGCAGUUUCCCUCAGUUUUUGCAUGAUUGGCCGGUUUCCUUGGACCAAAGUGCCUAUUUAUAUAUUUUUUCAGAUAUUUGGUGCAUAUAUGGCUUCUGCUACUGUAUUUGCCCUAUAUUAUGAUGCUAUAAUGAAUUACAGUGGUGGUAAUCUGACAGUUACUGGAUCCCAAGAAACUGCCUCCAUCUUUGCCACCUAUCCAUCUGACUACCUGUCUCACGCAAACGCAUUUUUUGAUCAGAUUGUAGGAACAGCUGUUUUGCUGCUCUGUAUUCUGCCAAUUGAAGAUGCCCACAAUAGCCCUGCUCCGAAAGGCUUUGAACCAGUACUUGUUGGCUUUCUGGUGCUAGGAAUAAGUAUGUCGAUGAGCUCAAACUGUGGUGCUGCCAUCAAUCCAGCCCGUGACCUGGGCCCAAGGCUCUUCACAUGGUCUGCAGGCUGGGGGACAGCAGUGUUCACGGCCUUUGAGAACUGGUGGUGGAUCCCUAUUGUUGCUCCUAUGUUAGGGGGAGUGAUUGGUGCUUAUAUUUAUCUGCUGUUCAUUGAAUUUCAUCAUGAAGAUUCAGACAACAUGGUACAGCAAAGCAAAUCUUUGACGAAUCAAGGGGAUAUUACAUCACUUGCAAAUAAAGGCUCCAAAAGUGGAUCAUUUGAGAACAUUGCAGUUGAUGGGGAGAUGCAGAUGCUUAGAAUAGACCAUGAUAGCAAAGAAGAAAAGCCUGAGGAAAGGGGCUACCACAUCAGUAGCCGGCUUUAAAACAUAGUUGUUUAGUUCAAUUUAGUUUAUUUAUAGAUAGAACUUUUCAGUGAAGAUGUGCUCAGAGGGCUUAUUCACAUGUACAAAUAGAAAAGAGUACCAAAAGCAUUUACAGAAAUACAGCAUUUUCAUACGUGAAGAUACGUAUCAUUUUAUAUGAACAGUAAAACAGAGAUACAUAAAUGUACCCUAAAAUUCCAUGAUUUUUAUUGUAACAGAAGAUCUUGCCAGUGGAUGGGGAAGAGGAAAACAAACCUUCAAUUAACAACAUUCUUGGACAAAUACAACUUCUGAAGGGUCAAUGGUCUGUUGAGAAAAGCAAGGUCACAAUUCAGCUGACCUAAGCCAUCUGGCUAUCCUUCUGCAUCCUUCAAUAUCAUUUGGGGUCCAUAACUAUACUCUAGUAUAACCCAAUGGGCUGGUGUUUUGAUUGUCACUGUUGGCACUAAUGGUUCUCAUCCAGUCUGAUGUUCUCUUCCAUAGCCAGGAUGUACAGCUUGAUCAACAUAUCAGUGCCAGUAAGUGAAACAGCAGGACACCAAAGAAGAACAAGAUAAUGUGAAAGAAGAAGCACCAAUGGCUAAAGAUGUUGGACUACUUUAUUAAAGAAAAACAACUGAGAGCCAUUUUAGCAGCAUGUGUCACCUAAUCCAGGUGUUUUAUGGUAAAGGAACUGGUCUUCAACCUACAUUAAAAUGCUUUCCCUGUUCUCUCUACCUGAAAGUUGUUUGUACAAUGUAGUACAUCCAUUACUUAAAAAUAACUUCUGCACAGGAUGCUGGGGUAUUACUGUAAGAUGGCAAGGAUCAGAUAACAGAAACAUUCUCUUUCACUCAAAAUAAUUUAUGAAUGCAGCUGCCAGGUACUGAAAUGAAAAUUGCCACACAGAAAACUCUGUCUUGUUAUUUUAUUGAGUAAUCAGGAAAUUGAGACAGCUGAUAGAGAAGGAUUAAGAAAAACAGAAAGGAUUGCAUGUGGUGUUUAUUGAUUUGGAGAAGACUUAUGAUAGAGUGUCACGUCACAAGAUCUGGAAGUGCAUGAGAGAGAAAGGAGUACCACAGAAGUAUGUGAGGAUUGUUCAGGAUAUAAAUGAGGAAGUGAGGACUGUGGUCAAAGCAGCAUUGGAGUAACAGACAAGCUUCCAGAUAGAGUUGGUGUGCACCAAGGAUUCUCUUUGAGUCCUUAAGUUUUUGAUCUGGUUAUGUACAUAUUGAUGUGUGGGAUACAAGACUACACCCCUGGUGCAUGUUUUUUACUGAUGAUAUUGUGUUUUGUAGCAUCAGAAAAGAGAAAAUGUAGAGGAAGAUGAAAAAAUGGAGAAGGGCUUUGGAAGAUAGAGGAUUGAAAAUAAAUAGGAAGAAGACAGAACGUAUAAGG